AUGCGAUCGCGUCUUCGAUCGCUCCUCGAGCUGCUGCCGCGCGUCGUCGCGCCGCCGUCCGCGCGCCUCCCCGCGAAUGCGAUCUGGGGGGAAAAGAACGCGAACGCUCUGCUGAUCCACGCGCGCGGGAAAAAGACGAAGAAGCAGUCGAGCUCGAAAGGAGGGAGCCAAGGGAGCUCGAAAGGGAGGAGCGGCAUGGCCGGCGCGGUCGCGAACCCGGCGAUGAAAGCCACCGUCGAUAAACACUUCGACCUCUUCAUGCGAUCGUACGCGCCCGCGGAGAUCGAGAAAGAAACGCUCACCGCGGAGCAGCUGGAGGAGUACGAGGCGAGGGCGAAGGAGUACAGUAAAAUGAAGAUGGCGCAGCACCGCGCGUGGCAGAAGGACAUCGCGGGGAAGAUCCGGCACAAGCUCGUCGCGAUCAAAUCGCUGCCGGAGGGAUUCAUCCGCGACGCCGCCGCCGCGCCGGACUACUCGUCGUUUUCGAUGAAGCGCACGCGCCCGUCGCUGACGCCGGCGAUCCCGGGGUUUUACGAGGCGAAGCAGGAGAAGGCGGAGAAGGUGGUGAGGGAGUCGGGGGGGGUGCUGGGGGGGGUGCCGGGGAUGGAGAGGAGGCGACGAUAG